UCAAGAAAUUAAAUCAUAAAAUUCAAAAUUAAAAAAAAGUAAAAUAAAAUAGAAUAUCACGCCAGAGCACAGCUGCAAUUUACGUAGAAACUUAACCUUAACCUUAACCUAGGCCGGAUUACAACAACAUUUCUAAGCUAAAAAAUAUUAUUAUUUUCUCACGAAAUUCCCAUUUGGCUAAAGUCCAAACUAAGUCAAAGGGAACCGCCACGCUUACAUGAAGAUAUCGACGAAGGCGUAAUUUUUCAAAUUCCAAUUUAAAGUUACAAUAUAAAUAAAAAUAAAAAAUAAAAACACGAAGUAAAAAAUAAAAAAUAAAACAAGGAUAUAAACGAAUUUGAACAAAAUAACGAAACAACCUUCGCGUGUUUUGUGCUGGCAUAAUCAACGCCUUUUGAGUACAUUCUAAGGAUAACUUCAUUCUUCAAACUAUUUUGCCUGGUGCAUUUUAUUACUUCAAUUUAGUGCAUAUAUACAUACACCCCCUCUUACUCUCUCCCUCACUCUCGCUUCGUGCACAUUCCAAGGACACGACGACAACACAUAUUUCGUUUGCCUAGUCGCAUUGUUGCCAUCAAGGAAGUCUACCGGAAGCCUAGAAAGUAAAGAGUAGAAAAAAAGAAAUACCAGCAAAGGUGCAGUUGCAGUCCUCCAGCUGUGAAGGUGUGGCAGUAGUUUUUACAUACACAGUCCAUAAGCGUCAUGACCGGAAAUAAGUGUUCACAAAAAUGCAGGAAAUGAGCUACCUGCAAGAUAAUUCCAAACUGGAGGCACUUACUAAAGCCGUUCUCAUCUCCAUCUUAGGUGUUGCCAUUGUGCUCUCGAAUCUCAUAAUAAUUGCGACUUAUGCCAAUUUUAAAGGUCCCACAGAGGUCAUCAAUUACUAUUUACUGUCAUUAGCUGUAGCAGAUUUACUAUGUGGUCUUUUGGUUGUACCAUUUUCGGUGUAUCCAGCACUGACCGGUGAAUGGAUGUACGGUGAUAUUGUUUGUCGUUUUACAGGAUAUCUAGAAGUCACACUAUGGACUGUUUCCGUAUACACAUUUAUGUGGAUAUCAGUGGAUCGUUAUUUAGCGGUACGAAAACCACUGCGUUAUGAAACGGUACAAACUAAGACUCGCUGUCAAUGUUGGAUGGCAUUUACUUGGAUCUCGGCAGCAUUAUUAUGCUGCCCUCCGAUUUUGGGUUAUACCAAGCCCAUAGAAAAUAAUGUCACUCAUAUAUGUAUGCUGGAUUGGGGUUCUAUGGCUGCGUACAGUACUACAUUAGCAAUUUUAGUUUUAGGUCCUAGCGUUAUAUCGAUAGUACAUAAUUAUUCUUAUAUUUUCUUUAUGAUGCGAAGAUUGAAAUCGGGCGAACCUAUACACGAUAAAGAAUAUGCAACUGCAUUAGCUGAAAAUUUAGCGAAUCCUAGUCAUAUGAUGUCAUUCGCAUUAGUGUUUGCAUUCUGGAUGUCAUGGUUACCUUGGAUCUGUUUGCGUUUAUACGAACAUAUAAUAGGUGAAGUUAUCCAAAGUACUCUCAUUAAUUUUGGUGUCGUCUGGAUUGGUGUCUUAAAUUCAUUUUGGAAAAUUAUAAUUAUGACGAGUAUGUCACCACAAUUUCGUAUUGCACUCAGAGUAUUUUGUUUAACCAUUUGUUGUAAGACUAAGGGCCGUUUGCAAGCAGAACUAAUCGGGUUGGACCCAGAUGACUAGAGUCGUUAGAUUUUCGUACAAAUUGGUCACUUCAAAAUUGUUUGUUAUUUGUUAAUUUUAAUUUUAACGAAUCACAAAAAAAUCGUUUUUCAUUUUUGUUUUUAAUUAUAACCUUUCCUUGUCUUGAUUG